AUUACAAAUAAAAGUUAUUGAGACAAAUCGAUAGAUUAUAAAAAAAUCGUAUUUCGUGCCAGUUUCUUUGUUUAAAGCAGCAGCUGUGAGCAAUAAACAAUGUCUUUAGCGUUUGUACAACGUGAGCAGAAGAGCCAGAAAUCGGCUCCACCGAACCAGGCUAGCAUUCAAAAGAUGCUGGAUGAAAAUACCCAGUUGAUAAAUACCAUCGCUGACUAUCAAAGCAGAGGGCAAGCAGCAGAAUGCUCACAGUACCAGCAAAUGCUGCAUCGGAAUCUGGUAUAUUUGGCCACUCUAGCUGAUGCCAAUCAAAAUGUACAGACUCUGUUACCGGCCCCAAAUCAAGGUGGACCUCCUUCAAACUCUGGAAUGAACCAAAUGAGACCACCAGGUAACAUGCAGGGGCCACCUGGUAACAUGCAGGGACCUGGUACCAUGCAGGGGCCACCUGGUAACAUGCAGGGGCCACCUGGUAACAUGCAGGGGCCACCUGGUAACAUGCAGGGGCCACCUGGAAACAUGCAAGGGCCACCUGGUAACAUGCAGGGGCCACCUGGCAACAUGCAGGGGCCACCUGGUAACAUGCAGGGACCUGUCAACAUGCAGGGACUUGGCAACAUGCCAGGACCAACUGGUAAUAUGCAAGGACCUGGCAACAUGCAGGGACAAACUGGCAAUGUGCAGGGACCCAGCAAUAUGCAAGGACCCUCUGGUAACAUGCAGGGACCCGGCAACAUGCAAGGACACUCUGGUAACAUGCAAGGACCCCCUGGUAACAUGCAAGGCCCCCCUGGAAACAUGCAAGGACCACCUGGCAAUUUGCAGGGGCAAAAUGUCAAUAUGAAGGGACCUCCUGGAAAUAUGCCGGGGCCAUCUGGCAAUAUACAGGGACUGCCUGGAAACAUGCAAGGGUCAUCAAUGGGGCAAGGACCUUCCAUGGGAAACCAAGGGUCUAUGGGAAAUCAAGGACAAAUGGGAAACCAACAAGUAACUAUGGGUAAUCAAGGCCCUAUGGUUAACCAAAGUCUGGCAGGAAAUCAGGGACCAAUGGGACACCAAGUACAAAUGGGUAACCAAGGAUCUAUGGGAAACCAAGGUCCAACAGGAAAUCAAGUAUCCAUGGGAAAUCAAGGAACCACAAGUUCAAUGGGAAAUCAAAUGCCAGUUGGUAGCCAGGGUCAGAUGGGAGGUCAGCAGCCCUACAGUCAGCAGUCAGGUAGCCAGAAUUACCAGCAGCAUGGCCAAGCAAUGAUGCCAUCAAGUCAAGGGUCAAUGUCACAGAGUCAACAAGGCAUGAUGGGCCAGGGUCCGGGGAAUCAACAGAAUAGCCAGGCAAUGAUGGCACAGGGCAACCAACCUCAGAAUCAGAACAGUCAGUCAGGCAUGACACAAAGUCAGCCACCAAUGUCAUCACAAAAUCAGCAAGCACAAAAUCAGCCAAUGAUGUCACAAAAUCAGUCAAUGAUGUCACAAAAUCAGCCAAUGAUGUCACAGAGCCAACCAGUGAUGUCACAGAAUCAGUCAAUGAUGUCACAAAAUCAGCCUAUGGUGCCACAAAAUCAACCAAUGAUGCCACAGAAUCAAUCUAUGAUGUCGCAAAAUCAACCAAUUAUGUCUCAGAACUCUCAGAUGAUGUCCCCUGGCCGCUCAAUGCCACAAACUCCCCAGAUGAUCCCUGUGGCAACUGGAGGCAGUCAGAUGAUGAGCUCUAGCCAGAUGAGACCACCUGGUCCAGGAAUGUUCAAAAGACCCCAGAUGCAAGGGAACCAGCCAUAUGCAGGUGGUAACUAUAGUAACCAGGGUCAGUACAGCAGUCAAGGUCAGUAUGGAGGCCAGCCUGGGUAUCAAGGCCAAGGUUACAACCAGCAGUAUGGUGGAUACCCAGCCAACCAGCCUCGAUAUGGGGGAUUCAACAGACCACCAAUGCAAGGUGGGCUGCAAGGAGCUAGCCAAAUGGGGCACCAGGGUCCAAUGGGAGGACCGAUGUCCGGACCACAGGGACCCAUGGGGGGACAGCAGGGUCAAAUGAUGUCGCAGAUGCCCCAACAAGGAAUGAUGGGUAACUCAAUGCAAGGUCAAGGACCGAUGCCAGGCCAGGUGCCCAAUCAGGGGUCAAUGCAAGGUCAAAUGUCAAACCAGGGAUCCAUGGCCAGCCAGAUGCCAAAUCAAGGGUCAAUGCAAGGUCAAAUGUCUGGGCAAGGACAAAUGGGUGGCCCUACAAGUUCUGGAAAUUGACAUAUUUUGUCUUACGAAAAUAACUAGCUUAGAUUGACAACCUUGUUAAGGGUGCUAUAUAUGUUGACAUAUGACUUUAUUUGUGCAUAAUAUGGACAUGUACUAAAAAUAAGUGUUACAGAUCAAGAGUCAAUAAAUGAUUUCCAGCUAACAAUAAAGCUCGAGAAAAAAUACUUUGUCAAACAUGUUUCUUUUUCACUUGCCACUGUGUAGUAUUUGUGUAAAAUUACUAACUGAUAUAGAUAUAUUCUUUGUACCUUUUCUAUAUUGUUGAAUGUUAUUGGACUGAUGAUGAUAUCAUCUUUGUACCAUUUCUACAAUGUUCUACAAUGUUAUUUUACCCAAAUGUGUUUGAUGUGUGCUUUAGUCUCUUUAUGUUAACUUUGAUCAAGUAAACUAGUAAUCCGUGUUCAAUUUCCAUGUCGAAUUUGCAACAGUAUUUCUUUCACUUUAAGUAUGUUAUUGUUGAAAUUAAUUUGUUUAAAUAUCUUUUUAAAACUGGUAUAAACAAUUUGUUAUUGUAAUUUGGUGUUGUAAUCUGUCCAUGCAGUUUGGUCAAAUAUAUUGUACUAAUUAUUCUCUUCUUGUCUGGCAUCAGCAGAAAAUAAAAAAAAAGACACACA